AUGGCCAUUUACUCAUUUUGGGUCUUCGACAGACACUGCAAUUGCAUAUUCGACAGGGAAUGGACCUUGAAGUCAAAUCAGUCUAGUGGAACCACCAAUUCUAAACUCAAUGAAGACACUGCCAAACUUUUGUAUGGUAUGGUCUAUUCGCUGCGAUCUAUCUCGCAGAAACUGGCGGGCAAUGAGGCCCACAACGAAAUAAGAACGAUUGCAACAGGUAAAUACAGAGCUCAUAUUCUGUGUACAGCUUCGGGGCUCUGGUUCAUUUUACUGAGCGAUCUUAAACAAGAAGACCUUUCUCAUGUUCUUCGAUACCUGUACGGCGAAAUCUACGUGAAAACAGUGGCACAUAAUUGGCUUUCACCUAUUGAUUUCGCGGAAUCCGAGGCUGAGAAACGAGGCCAAGGUUUCCGUAAAAUACGAAACCGCAACUUUCUACUACGAGUUGAACAGUUUCUGGGGCCCAUGGUUAAUUAA